AUGCACAGUAAUCUUGGCCUAGCGUAUCUACGUUGCUGUGAUUAUACUCUUGCGAUGGAAAACUUCGAGAAGGCGCUUCAAAUACAAUCUGUCUCGUUACCUGCAGAUCAUUUAGAUAUUGCAACUACUUAUAAUAAUAUUGAUACGCUUAGAUGUUUACCAUCAAAAGCCGAUUCUGAUAUCGCAUUAACAUACAAUAAUAUAGAAAAUCAUUUUGACUUUCCUAUUGCCUAUAGUAGUAUAGGUUUAAUUUAUGCUGCUAAUGGAAGCUAUACGGGAGCUUUGAUAAAUUACAAUAAAGCAUUUAGCACAUCGGCAUCGGAUCAUCCAUUUUCUUCGAGAAGGUAUUUAAAUAUUGAUGAUGUUUAUCGAACGACCGAUAACAAACCGUUAAAUUCCAAUGAACAUUCAACAGCGUAUGAAAAUAUUGCCGAUUUAUUAUUUUUAAAUGAUGAUUUUAAAGCGGCACUCGAAUAUUAUAAAAAAAAAAAGCAAUUGCAGCAGCAGAGAAAACUACUACACGAUCUUCGGAAACAAUAG